UUCUUGCAGGUGAUGUUGAUGUGUAAGUGUCAGAAAGAAAUCCCAAAGCAAGAGAGGAUCGAAGAAAGGUGACUGAGCCGGUUCUGAUCUCUGCUGCCAGUUGCCAUGGUUGCGUACAAGUGGGCUUAGUUCUUCAGAUUUUCGGCUUGUUUGGUGGUAUUUCGUGAUCAAAAGUGCCUUAAAUUAGUGUUAUUUUGUGCAUUGUGAUGAGGUUUAGUGUUUGUGAGAAAAAUUUACAGAAAAAUCAAUCGAUUGAAACGAUUUUGGAUGAAUUGAAGUUAUCCAAAUUUUGGGCAACUCGAUUUGAAGAUCAUUAUUUUCGUUCGUUGAUCGUUGGCUCGUGGUGUGAGUGUUGAGAAAGAGUUGCCUUCACCUGGCACCAAUAUUUGCGCAAGGAAGUUGCGAUCGCGGCUGCACGUGUGGUAGUGGUACAGAAGCACAUGUUGUUUAUGUUUUCGGCGCGUUUGUUUGAGUGUCGUUUUGUGUAAGGUGUGUUUUCAAAACAAAUCGCGAAAACGUGACCUACCGAUCGUUUGUUUGUUUACAUUUGCGCUAGAGCACGUUGAAGAGCUAGAAGUAAAGUUUCGCGUUCGCGAUCGAUUUUUCCCCUCGAGAAAAAAGCUCACAAAGCUAGUUUGAAUGAAAUACGAAAUCAGCUAUCACAGCGAUACCACGAGCGAGGGUGCGAUGGGAAGCCGUGCGCAGUCCGUGAUCUGUGACAAGGUGCUGGCCGGGCUGCCCCAGCUGCUCGACGAUCUGCAGAAGCUGUCCGAGGAUCAGGACACCGCGGACGUCGUGUUUAUCCUCGGGACCUCCGAGGAGCGCAUUUUUGCGCACCGGAUCAUCUUGAUGGCUAGAUGCAAAUCAUUCCAAAACACAAAACGCGGUGAGAUCUGUCGCAUUCCGGGUUGUUCGGUGUUGCCAUCUGCCCCGGGCGCUCCCUCACCGAUUCGACUGCCACACAUCGAAGCGGACAUCUUUCGGCAGUUUAUCCUCUACGUUUACACUGCGAAGAUCAUGCUGCAAGAUUCGAAGGUGUUUGAAAUGAUGACACUGGCGCAGGAUUUGGGCGUGGAAGAGUUAAAAAUUGCCUGCGAGGAACACGUCAGAACGACGAUGUCGGUUGCGAAUGCUUGCACGUUUUUGGCUGCCGUUAUGGAAAUCCAGGAUAAGGCUUCGGGUGCGAAAUUCGCAGCUCCAUUUUUGGAAAAGUGCAUCACAUACAUUGCGGAGAAUGCGUCCGAGUGCGUCAAGACGAAUGCGUUUCUGAACCUCACCAAGGAGGGACUGAUUCAGGUCAUUUCGUAUGACAAUAGCUGA